AUGGCGGCUUGUGAAAUUCAAACGCGCUGCACUCUCCGCCUUGGGCUCGUCGAAGAGUCCUAUGCGCAACAUAUCAUCGGGAGUGUCGAAAUGUCGAGUGAAGUGUCGAGGUGGCCUGGAAUAAACUCCGUUUUACAUCGGAUCGUUCAUUCUUACAACUCGUUGAAGGAAGAGUGCGAAGAGGCGACAGAAGUGGAGACGCAUCAUCAGCAAACGGCAGCUACGACGAUGGGCGUCGCUGAGGACGAGACACCGUCUUCCCUGACUUCGCAUCCGAAUACCAACAAUCCCAAUCAAGAAGGAAAGCACUACAUGCGGGCGUGA